CUUGAUAUCCCCACAACGACGAUAGCAUGGCGGCACAUCGCAGGUCGAAGAGACCGACCCUGGGGGCGCUGGAAGAGGUCGAAGAAGUUGAGCCUGCAGAACCGACAACGCCCGGAGGAACAUCGUCGGGAAAGAAGCGACUCCAGCUCACGAUCAAGAACGUUUUGAUGCGGGCACAAGUUACGCGCUUGUUCACGGACAAAGCACCCACCAACUUAGUUGUCCCAGAGUCGUUUUCCACGACGCCGCCAUCAUCGCUUUCCGUUAGACUAGCCCCGAUCGUCGUGGCCCCACAGAAAUCAGGCACAGGUCACCCGACGCCCCUGACGCCCCCACCUCUCAUGCUAAACCACUUCUCGACGCAAAACGGCAACAUUUGGUCCACUGUCGUGCGCAAAGCUACAUUGAAGCAGCCUGGCGAUGGAAGUGCAAUUGCAUCUCCUGACGAAGUCGACAGCGUCAGCGAUAGCGCCGUCGCUGACAAAGAUGCCAACGACCCGACCACCAAGCAGUCGCUACGAACACUGUUGAAAAGCCCCAAGGUCAAGCAAUAUGUAGACAAACAUGCUGGCCGUUCUGGGGCGUCCGUGAAGCCGCUUCCGCAGUCGGCGACGAUGCGGCAUUGGUCCAAGGUGAACAGCUCGUCCAUGUCGAACGUCGCGGAUGUGACGAGCGCCCCCGAGACGACGUCGGAAGGCGCCAACGACGACGACCAAGAUGCGGACGCGGAAGCGAGAAAAAAGGAAGCGAGCCAUCCUGAAUACGGCCGCAACCUGAUCCUGGCCGAGUCGUGCCGCGCCGCGUUUUGCCGGGACGCCGAGAAUCGAUCCCACCAAGAUCUUCUUGCGCUGCGCACGUGGUUUCAGAAAACCAAGCUCAAAACGUGCACAGAUUUUGAGUCACUGCAGGCUGUCGAGCUCACGCUGCUUUGUCGACGCAUGAAGCUCCAUGCGUACUACCCGAACGAAGUCGUGUUCAAGCAGGGAGACGACGGCGAUGCGCUGUACAUCGUGUUUUCAGGAAAAGUUGAAGUUCGUGUGACGCAAAAGGUCAUGGGCGAUUUCGUUGAGGUCGUUGUGUGUGAAAUGAGCAAAGGAGAGUUUUUUGGCGAGCGGUCGCUCCUCAACAACGAGCCUCGCGCAGCAACGAUCGUGACCAAGACCGCCACGGAGCUCGUCUCGAUCUGCCGGGACGACUACAACGUGAUGUUGAAACAAGAUCAGCAAGCGUUUUUGCAAAAAGCAGCGGCGGCGGGGGGCCAGCGGCUGUCCCAAAUCAUGCUAAGCAACCACGACACGUACAUCAAGAUUCUCAAGAAGAAGCCGUCAACAAGGUCCAAAGCCGAUCUCGUUACGCUCGCGACAUUCCUUCAAACGCUCAAGUUUUUUCGCGGGUUGCCAAAAACGUUUGUCCAAGAGCUCUGCACGAUCAUCGACCUCAUCAAUGUCGAUGCAAACACCACCAUCUUCCGCGAAGGCGAAGUAGGCAAACUAUUUUACGUGAUCUUGAGUGGCGCCGUCGACGUCAAGAUCAGCGCGGUCGACAAGCGGGGCGGGCCCAUGCAGACCAAGUUGGUCAACUUGGGUGAAGGCAGCCACUUUGGGGACUUGGCGCUCAUGAAGAAGGAUGGUUUGCGCAGCGCCACAGUCGUGUCCACCCAUGCGUGCGAGCUGCUCAUCAUUGCCGAGAAAGAUUACAACGCAAUCCUCAAGAAGCUCCAACGCGAAGACAUGGAGAAGCGCAUGGCGUUGCUCGACAAAAUUCCGAUCUUUCAGUCGGUCGAGUGGACGUCCGAGAUCAUGAAGGAAGUCAGCUACGUCCUCGUCGAGCAACGCUUGCCCGCAGGCACUGUCGUGUACAAGCAAGGCGACAAAGCAGUGCACUUGUACUUCCUCAUCCGCGGUGAAGUCAUCAUCUCGCAGAUAGUCAAGGACCCCAAGUCCCUCCGCGAGCACUCUGUCGUGGUCGAGCGCCUCGGGCCGUUCAAUGUGCUCGGAGACGAUGCCGCCACUGGAAAGAACUUCAACGAAGCUGUCAUUCGCAGUGAAUCUGCGACGGCCAACACCCCCAUCGAAGUCCUGGUGCUGUCCAAGUACGACGUGUUCAAUCGGUUGUCGCGCACCGCACGAGAAACUCUUCGCGGCCAUACGCAUCGCCACAAGCAGCCCGUCGUCGUGUUCGAUCAGCUGUACAAGACGCUCAAAUGGGACGAGUACAAGGCUCAGGUCGUACGAAGGGAGGUCAACGUCAACCGGCUCAAGAAGGUUUUGCCACACACGGCGCGGUUCGGGGCGACCUCGACGUCAGUGUCGCAGCGCGGCGGCGGCAAACACACCCCGCUCAUCGAAGGCAACGAGCUUCUGCUGCUGAGUCCAAUUAAGCAUUCGACGGCCACCCCGUCGAAAACGCUGGCCAACUACACUGUCCACUACAACCCGGACGUCACGACCCAAGACCGAAAAGCAUUGCUGCGCGCGGUCGUGGACGCGCACGCGCGGGAAGCGAUGAAAACGCUGGACGAAGGCAACCCGAUGGUAUACCUCGACUACUUGGCUCCGGCCGCGCUCACGUCGACGUCGACCGCGUUUGAAAGCAUCAUGCACCCGACCGACGGCGUCUCGGAAAACUUCAUCUUUUCGAUACCGCCGUCGCGCAAGCCAAACGGAGGAGGGUCGAUGGCCAAGGCAGGAGGAGUUGCAUCUCCCGACAAGACCCGUGCCUCGCCCAAGCACUUGUCAUCAACCACGCCGCCAUCAAAUCCAACGCCACCCGGAGGACUGCACAGCCGUCUGCGCCACGUCAGUCCUGGCUUUAUCGUUGUAAACGUUGCCGGUCGAGAGCUGUACCCGGUGUCACCUCAGCCAGCGUUCCGCAUCGUCGGUCAAUUCGCCGCCUUCGAUGAUGCCGUCGCCCGUGCGCAGCACGUUGAAGCCCAUGAGAAUACGCAUGCAUAUCGGUCGUACGCGGCUCAACCAGACCACCCCGUCGAAUACUUUGUCGUCGAGACGGCGCGGCAUGUUCUGGUUCCACCGACCAUGGCCCGCCUUUCCAGCCGCGAGUACUGCAGCACGAGGCUGCAUGAGUACUUGCAUGACCACGGCAACCUGAACAAGCUCAAAGUUUCAUUUCGCCAGCUCCAACAAGGCACUUCCACUAUACUGGCCGACGAGUCAGCCACAUUGCCCCGCCACGAGAUCGACGGCAUCAUGAACGAAAUGUGCGGUCACUUGGAGUGCCUCGCUCUGGCCGCACCGCUGCAGGCGCCUCCAGCCCCGAAUGAAUCCGCCAAGUGCGUGAAGAAGCAAACGCUUCAGUUGCAAGACAUCGAGCACAGCCACAUGCCGGCCGAGCUCAAGCAAGCCAAAUGCAAUUUCGCCUGUGUGUCGACGCUGCUAGUCGGCGACGCCUCCGAGCCGAGUUUGUGCGUGUACGGGUGCUAUCCGACGGAAGCCGAGGCGACGGACUUUGCUGAGAACGGGUACCCGAACGAGCUCAGCGACCAAGCGCUGCUGUGUGUUGUCCCCAUGUACGAAUGGAUCUAUUUCGAAGACGCGAGCGACUGGUGCCUUCAAAUGCGCAAGUCCCAAGACCGACACAACUUGGCUGUACACAAGAAGGAGCUGCACGCGAUUCAGCAGCAGCCGAUGGUCGCGAACGCAGUGUCUGUCGCAGUGGCAGUCCCCCGUGAGGCUCCAGGGUGGAUGGUCGAGCAGCAGCAAGGCCAGCGGCUGCAUCAACUUAUAUGUUCCCAUAUGGGCGUCAAAUCUACCGACAGGGAUCAAGACGUGAAAGGCCUCGAAGACGAAGCAUAUACGGUGAAGAGCAGCGUCACAUUAGAGCAGAAGAUGGAUGCUCUCCAUGACAUCCUGAACGCUCGCCAUCAACCGUCCGGGCUUGGAACGAGCCUCCAGAAGAUGCAGAAGGUGCAGCGGUUUGGGCACAUCAUGAAGUUGCGCCUGCACAAGGCCGACUAACUGUGAAGACACGGUGGAGAGUGCAUGAUGAUGAAAACACCGACAUUCUGCGCUCUUUUAUGCAUUACAUGCACUCCAGGCGUAUUUAAAAAAACUCAAUUCGAAAGGCAUCGAAUAAAAAUCUCCUCUUCAUUAAAAGCC